AUGAGUCAGUCCUCAUCCUACCAGAGAGAGUCUGCCUCUGCAUCUCCUGAGAGUCCCAAAGAAGGUGACUUCUCCCCUCGACAGCUUUAUGACAACCUGAAGAGCCUUGAGGAGCACGAGACAAGUGACAACCAGAAAAAUCCCAUUGUUAACAUCAUAACCGACAACUACUCCAGCUCUCUUUUGAACGCUCAAAUCUGUGCUCCGCUAGUGGCAAAUGACCUUGGGAAACUUUGUGCUGGCAUGAUUCCACAAGAACAACCGAUUAAGAAAAAUCACUGGAGGGAACCAAGAUGCUUCAGUACAUCAUCGCCUAUGAAAAACAAGCCUCUGGUCUCACCAGAGUUCAUGGAGGUACUAGCGCUGGAUGGAAGAUUCAUUACUUUGGCGAGCGCUCAGACCCAGACAGAUUGGGAGUGGGUGGAGCAGAGCCUCUCUUUCAGCUGUCAAGUUCAAAAGGAAAUUGAGGAUUCCCAGUUGUUGCAGACAGAGGAGGAGCCAAAGGAUGAAAAGAAGCCAGAGAUGGAGCAUGAAAUACCUUGUGCGGGUCUGCCUCGUCUCAUAGCAUUCAAGCCAGAGCCAAAACAAACUCAUGUUGAAAAGGUUCCAGAGGUUGAAUCUAAACAGGAUGCGCUUCUUGCUCAGUGCAACUAUUGCCAGCAGCUCUGUCAGCCCUUCAUACACAGUGAACUGCUGGAAAAUAAAACCGACUCUGAGAGGCUCUUUUGUUGCGAGCAAGCUAAACAUAUGAGAGAGCUUAUAAUGGGAGAGAGAGAGAGAUUGGCACAGAAGGAGUCAGAUAGAAAGAUUGAUGUGAACCUGCAUGCCCCCUUCAUGAGUGAAGAGGAGAGGGAAGCUGCUAAGGAGCAGGCGAGGGAUAGAUUGAGACUUGCACAACUCAGGAGAGAACCCAAAGAAGAAAACUUGGCUAUAGAAUUGGGCCAUACUGAGAUCAAACAUAAGACCUCCUACAAGCUGUCAGAAGAGAUUCCCUGCAUCAAUGAUGAGCCUCACAUCCCGCAGAUAGAUAUCAAAAAUAUAACUGACUUGUUUACUCUACAAGAAGAGACAGAUGGUGAGCCAAAGAGGUUUUACAAAAGUGGAAAAUGUUUUCUCACCUUGUGUCCAGAUGGAACAGGUAAUGUUUUUUACCCUUCUGGGAAAGCAGCCAUUAUAAUAUCCUCUGCAGAAGCUGCUGACUUCACUUACAUAAUCUUGGAGGACAAGGACAUGGCGCCCAGCAUCAAAGGCAUUUUCUCAAAUAAAGGCCACGCCACAUGCUAUCAUCCCAGUGGAGCAAUGUGGUUAAAUCUGACCCCUGUUGGAGGUCUCUACUUCAGUGAGACGGGAGCUUUGAGGAGACGCUGGAAUUGGUUGUAUCAUGACCCUCAUGUACGUAACCUUCCCUUCAAGCCUCUAACCUUUGUCCUGGGCCCACACAUCAGUGUGCGCAUACACUCAAAAGAACGCAUGUGCAUCACCUUCGCACACAAGCAAAACAUCGUGCACUUCAAUGUGGGGUCAAAGUUUAAGCACAUUUAUCCCGAGAGCCGUGACAAGUCGGUGCAAGACGUUCUGGAGAGAUAUAUCCAAACGAAGAGCUCAGAGAUUUACUCUCUCCUUGGCAGGAUGCAGACCUGCAUGUCCCACCGCUCUGCAAGCCUGAGCAACAUUAAGCCACAUUACAGUUUCAUUGCCCAGACGCAGCAGCUUAGCAGACAAAUGGAAAAGGAGAAGUCACCCAAAAAGAUAAAGGCCGAUGUAAAUUAA